ACACCUAGUUAAAACUAACAAACGUAAAAAAAAAAAAAAAAACUAUCAAACGGAACCAUUUAUCCACCAUUUCAUGGUGGAAACUGUGAAAAAAGUUUUGUUUCCGAUGUUCAUGAAUGCAUCAUCACGCCAGUGUUUACAGUUUUCGCAGAUGAUUUUGCUCUCAUCCGACACAAAAACGGGCGGCCACUUUCUUUCGAGUUGACGUCCGGGCAGGUGUUGCACAAGUGUUUCACAGGUGUCGCACAGGUGUUGCACAGGUGUGCAGGCACAGACCCGAUGGCAGGAUGGGUGUCGCUGCGUCCCUUCAGACCGUGUGCAUUGCUCUGCGCUUUUGGAUCCAGGACUGUACAUGGCUCCGGUCUGCCUGUCUGGUUCCGGCCCGCUGCAGCUCUGCUCAGACACCAGUCCUGGUGGGGGGGGAGCAGAGGACUCUUCUCCGGAGGUGGGGGUGCUUCUGUACCACAGCUGACUCUGGAGGACAUAGCCAAGAGCCUUCGGGAUCGGCAGCAUAAGCGGGUGGUGGUGAUGGCUGGAGCCGGGAUCAGCACGCCGAGCGGCAUCCCGGAUUUCAGGUCUCCGGGCAGCGGUCUCUAUGACAACCUGCAGCAGUACGACCUGCCGUACGCUGAGGCCAUCUUUGAGAUUGGCUUUUUCCACCGGAACCCCGCCCCCUUUUUUGCUUUAGCCAAAGAGCUGUAUCCAGGAAACUACCGGCCCAAUCUGACCCACUUCUUCGUGCACCUGCUCCACCAGAAGGGUCAGCUGCUGCGCAUGUACACGCAGAACAUCGACGGGCUGGAGAGACUGGCUGGGAUUCCUCCAGAGAAGUUGGUGGAGGCUCAUGGGACGUUUGCCACGGCCACCUGCACCUCAUGUCUGCAGAAAUACAAGGGGGAGGAGCUCCGGCCGGCUGUGAUGAGCGGGAGCAUCCCUAAAUGCUCCACCUGUGGGGGGGUGGUGAAGCCUGACAUCGUGUUCUUUGGAGAGGAGCUCCCCCCACACUUCCUGAAGUACCUGACGGAUUUCCCUCUGGCAGACCUGCUGAUCAUCAUGGGAACCUCACUGGAGGUGGAGCCCUUUGCCAGUUUGGCUGGAGCAGUGCGCAGCUCCGUGCCCCGCCUGCUCAUCAACAGGGACCUUGUGGGGCCGUUUGUGCGGGGGCGGCGCUCUCAGGACGUGGUGCAGCUGGGGGAGGUGGUGGGCGGCGUGCAGGCGCUGGUGGAGGCUCUGGGCUGGACCCGCGAGCUGCAGGCUCUGAUGGCAGCAGGUGAUUAGCAGGAAGAAUGAAGAUUUCCCUCCAUCCAAACGGAACGCCGGCCCUGAUCCUGUGGUUCUUCAAUCUCUUCAGUCUCUAGAGAGAGAGGGAUUUCCUUCUCUCAUUCUGUGUUUUAGUGAUCAGUAACAGACAACCACAGAAGGAGAACCACCAUCUGCAGCUCAGGUAAACAUCACAUGAUCAAAGACUGCAGAGUUAAAAACAAAUGCAGAAAUAUGAACCCUCACAUGGUUUCUUCUGCAGGUUCUGAUCCAGCAAACCUGAAAUCUGUUUGAAUAAAAUAUUACUAAGAAACA